AUGUCGGCACGCAAUAGCCAGCGGCCCGAAUCUCGGGCAUCGACGACGAGCGCGACGUCGCAUACCAAUGAUCUGCUGCAGCAAUCACAACAAGAUGCGAAAGUCGCCUAUAUGAACCAGAAUCCCGAAGCGGCAUUGCUCCACUACCAGUCGAGUAUACCACCACAGCCUAUAGCACACUACGAUGCGGUCCCUCAGCAUCACCUUGGUCACCAACAUGCGCAAAGCGUUGCGUUUCCCGUGCAAGCGCAGUACGGCGUUCACGACUCGCCCUACAUGCAACAAGACAUGACCUUCCCGCAACACAUUCGCAUGCGUUCCGUACCUGUGCAAGCGUCAAUGGAUCUACACGAUGAUAAGAGGAGAAAGGGCUCGGCCCAGACUGCCACCAACGACAAGGAGCUGCGGGAAAUGCUUGCUAAGAGCGAGGGACGUUCGCUUCGUGAGGUUGCACAGGAAGUCAUACAGAAGGAGAGGACUCCAAUGGCAGAGAAGACCAAGCAGCUCUUUGCUAUGCUUUGGCUUCGUGCAGUCUGCAAACCAGCAAAGACUUCAGUGCCGAGGAACCGAGUCUAUUCGCAAUACGCAACACGUUGUGGCACCGAGAGGGUCAUUCCGCUCAACCCGGCGUCGUUUGGCAAACUUGUUCGUGUUAUCUUUCCUGGCAUCCAAACGCGGCGACUGGGAGUAAGAGGCGAGAGCAAAUAUCACUAUGUCGACCUUGCUUUGGAGGAGGAACCACCGAACAUGCCGGCCGCAUGGCAAGCAGCUGGAUUUCGGCAUAUUGAAAACCGCCAGCGAUCGCAGUCUGUUACUACUCAGCAGAUCGAUUUCAACAACAUCCCUCGGCUACAGGCUGACACGGCGGCGUUCCCAGCAGUGGAUGGCGGCUUCGAAAUGCAACAAACACAUUCACCCACACCGCGAGGUCCAGCCUCGAAAGGACAAUCGUUCAUUUACCCAACUUCUCGAGGCAUGCAACGAGGAAGUGCAGAGGCUCUGAGCUACACGCAUACUCUGCGAUUCCCAUCUAGCAACAUGCCGGCGUUCUCGGAAAACGAAUCUGUGAAUUUGCCAUCUAUACAUCCAUACCUUCCGUCUCGGACGGAUAUCGACACUGCCGAAGCACUCAGUGCACUAUACCGAACACAUUGUACAUCACUAAUUGACAGCAUACGAUUCUGCAAGGAGAAGCAGUUCUUUCGGCUGUACACGUCUUUCCACGGCACUUUGACAGUCCCUGUACAGAAACUGUUCACACAUUCUAAUCUGGCGCCUUGGAUAGAGCAGUGCGAUCUCGUCAUGUACAGGACCAUGGUGCGCUUCGUCAGCCGUCUGACACUUCAAGCUGCUCCAGUCGUGGUCAUUAACAUCCUGUCCAAGAUCUCUGCGACACUUCACGACCACAUCGCGAGGACUUUCGCCAAUCAGCCACCACACGUUCUGGAAGCAAAACUCCGACCUGCCACCGUCUUCGCUGGGCUCCUGCAUCGUCUUAUUAGGGUGAAUCAGUCGGCCCAUGCGGCAGCGAAUCUGCUCACUAUCGACCAGAACAGAGAGCAGAUGUGGCAGGAAUGGGUAACGAUGGUCAACCCCAAGCGGGUCAUGGAGGCAGAGCUACCCAACUGUGGAUUCGAAGAAGUGUACAAGAUCAUGACGACAGAGAUGCGCAGCCUACUGGAACCUUUAUCGUCGCCAGCUUACAACGACGACACCUCACUUUACAGCUUCGAGGCGGACAAUGGUGGGUUUGCAUCGUUUCUGCAAGGCCAGACUGCACCUUCAUCUCGCAAUGGAUCUUCGCAGGUAUCGACCGAGAAUGUGUUGGAUCGAUGGUCGACUUUCUUAUCCUCACUACCUGCGCGCUUCCCCCACGCGCCAGCACGAACACUUCUCCACUGCAUAUCCGCAGUUGGUACGUCGGCACUCCGGGAUAUUACGAUCAUGAGUGGUCUUUCGUACGGUCAUUGGUGGGUGCUCAAGAUCUUCGUCGACGAGAUGGCGCUUUGGUUAGCUGAGAUGGGUGGCUUCCUAGAGCCUACCGUCACUGCAGCACCUGCCAAUGGUAAUGCCAUGUACCAAUCUCCCGUCCUGGAGAACGGCACUGGAAGAAGUCAUAGUGGCAGCCGCAUGAGCAGCAUGGGUCCUGCUAACAGUGGGAUUGGUGGUCAUGAGGAUAAUACCCAGUCGAUGUUCAUGCCCGAUGGAUCGCAACAGGCUUAUGUGCCGCAACAGCAGCAGCCGCACGCGCACGGCCUUCCUUUUCAGCCGGUUAGGCAGACGUCAGGCCUGAGCAAGCAGCAUCAACCGGAGCCAGAUAUUGAUGAUAGCGGCAUCGGUAUGUCGCUGAUGGAUGACGACCUUACGAUGUCGAAAUUUGGUGUUACUGGCCCACAUGUGGCCAUGGACGGCAUGGGAACGAAUGAUAUGGGAAUGAACCCGCUCUAA